AUGCAUCUCAUAUUUCCUAUUUUACCUCAUCCCCCUUUACUUCUCGCUCUUCUUAACUGCAUUCGUAUUCGUCCAAAGCUCGAACUCGUCCCGUACACGCCGGACAGCCUGUGCCAGCUGAUGGAGCCCCUGAGUCGUCCGAGUCCAGACCUGUUUCGCUCUGCGAGCCGAUCCCGGAUUGUCGAUUUGGCCUCACGGAGCCCAACCCACAAGUCCGCAGCUCGACUGCCCACCUCGCAGGGCCACACUGUAUCGCCUGCUCGAGAGACAACAUUACAAACGAGCUCGCCCUCGAAAACAAAUCACCUAGCAACCACUGGCCGGUUGUCACCUCUCGAUCGGCUGCUCUGCCAGCGUCUGCUACAGCUUGCACGGCUGGGCCUGAAUCUGAACCUGAUCGCUCCGCAUCGAAUCCGCCAAAUUAGACGCAUGACUGAGGCCCUACGUCCCGCAGGUGAGGAGAGACAACGAAAACACAGGACACAACAUCAGCCGGCCAAGAGGCCAGAAGACAUGAGCGCACAGGAAAUGGUCUCAUUAGGACCAUUUGGUGAUAACGAACGAGCCUAUGGGGGCCUGGCAAUGGAACGAAACGCUGGAUCGGCCGAUCUUCAGCCCAGUUCAGGGGUCGUCUUGGAGACGGCGAACCAGGCGGCCAUGAGUGCGAGAGAUCGGAGGCCCGAGGCAGGCGUGCCUGCAGAAGAAUCGACGACGACUGUUGCUGCGACGACGACGGCGACGGCGACGGCGACAGCGGAGACGACGGAGGCGUCUAAGGUGAUGGUUGACCGGGCGAUCCUGGCCAGUCUGCCGCGGGGAAUCCUGAUCCAGCCGCCGGUGGGCGCAGAGGAUCUUCGCUGUCUCGGUCGAGCAGAGACGAGUCGGUCGCAGUUGAUCGGCUUCUCGUCGCCCGGCCCGCUGGAGCUGGCCCAACUGGCCGCCAGACACCGACAACAGAUCGAAAAGGCGGCCGUCAAGCGGAUGUUGGCCUGUCAGCGUCUUGCCCGACGACAGGCCGACAGGGUCGCCCGGUUCCGGAAGCGCCAGUCGUUGCAGAAUUCGUCUCACUGCCCGGCAACCCGUAGUCGCAGCAGAAGACGCCGACGUGGCCAAGACGACAAGCAGCCUCGGCCUUGCUCGGUUCCGGACUCGACAUUUGGCCGGCGGGUCUUCUCCUCUUUCUCCUCCACCUCCUCCUCCUCCUUCUGCUCGUCCGCCGCCGGACCCCCCUUUUGCGAGCCGGCCUCUCUGCGUCGACUGAAGAGGCGUCGACGGCCUCCCUCCACGGCCCAGGUCAGUCGAUACAAUUCAGGAAUUACAAUCAUCAUCAUCAGCUAG